AUGUCAUCAAUCAAGGAGCGUGUAUUUGUAAUCGGAGCAAAUGGAAAUAUUGACAGUGGUGUUGUUCGUGGCCUAGUUAAAAAAAAUAUUGACACGACAGCCUACGUUCGUGACGAACAAAAAGCCAAAGAUUUAUUCAAAGAUGAACUUAACGUCUUUUUCUUCUUUUUGCUCGUUCAAAUGAUGAUAAACCAACAUUCUUAUGGCAAAUCAAAGAAACUUUUAGGUAAGCAAGGAUUAAUUGGAUAUGCACAUACAACAGCAGAAGAAAAACUUUGGGCACUUGCUGAUUCAAAUCCGGAACAACGAUCGCUCGUUGUACUUCGUCCUGGAUCGUUCAUGGACAAUCACUUUCGAUUAGACAUGCAUCAUGUUAAACAUUCGAAUAAACUGGUCUCAUGCGCAUAUCCUUGGAAUACAAUGAUCUGGAUUGAUACAAAAGAUAUCUCUGAUUGUGCUGUUGCUAUUCUCAGUGAAUCCAUUGAAAAACAUGAUCGCAACGUCUAUGAAAUGGGUGCUGAUAGUCUAAGUAAUGAACAGCGAGCUGCUAUCUUCUCCAAAGUUCUUGGUAGACCUAUUACAUACGAACAAAAAUCAAUGGAAGAUUUCUAUAAAACAUGCAUUGGUUUUGGCAUGUCUCAUUCACUCGCCUUUAAUUUUGUAUCCUACCAGAUGACACAGAAAUGUAUGAAUAAUAGUCCAGAGAUUGCUCUUCUUAUCAAUCGACCAUCACGUACACUCGAAGACUGGAUAAAAGAGAACGCCAGUGCAUUUCAAUGA